AUGGUUCUUGCCUACAGGUUCUUGGAACACCGGACCUUCAGCUGGGAGGAUUUCCUUGGCACUGCUAUGACCCUACUGGAUCAUCAUGCUGACGUGAACCAAGGGGACAAUUAUGGGAAGACUGUGCUGAUGGAGGCGGCAGAAGGUUGCGAGCCAGAGCUCGUGGACUUUCUGCUGAAGCAUGGGGCAAAUCGUGACCUGAAGGACGAAGAACAUCUGACAGCAAAGGACUGGGCCCGUCCUGAAUUUGGCGAGCCAUGUGACAAGAACAGCACAGAGCUCACUGAAACCCAUCGACUCUUGGAUCGGUGA